UCUUUCCUUCUCUCUCAAUAAUCUUUUCUCGUUUUCCUUCGCUUUCUGUCCAUUCCAAAUAUUUCAUCACAUCACCAUUACCGUACAUAUUUUAUGUUUUUGUUGAUUGAUUCUAAAUUUUAAUUCGUAGAGAUCUAGGGUUCUGCCCCUGAAGCUCCCAAUCUGAAUAUCUGAACCGCAUUUGUUCCAUUUCGAUACUGCAGUAUCAACUUAAUGCAUUUUUUUAAAGGAGGAAAGAAAAAUAAAACUUAGGAUCAGCGUUGAUCUCUGUGCGCAGUGAUUUCGUUUGUGAAUGAGAGAUACGGUAACAAGAUUGUUUUAGAUUAACAUGGAGGUCGUCACUGAUGCGGCGUCGUUGGACGUCGAAUUGUUGCUGCUCCCAGACUUUCCCGCUUUGGCACUCAAGUCUAACCACAAUUUCAUCGAGAAGCUCUUCGACCAAUGGUUGUCGCUUCCGGAAAGUAAUCGAUUGGUAACGUCGUUACUCAAUGAAGCAAGGUCAGGUGUUCCCUUGAAUGUCCCGGGGAAUUGCUCUAGUCCAAAUGCUACCAGUAAUUCUGCGCCUUCCAUGUUUCCUGCUGGCACUGCUCCGCCUCUUUCACCAAGGACAUCUGGUUCCCCUCGCAUUCUGAAACAAAGAGUUGGCUUUUCCAAUUUCGGUUCCCCUUUGAAAGUAGUCAGUGAGCCAGUUAAAGAAGUGAUACCACAGGUUAGGGCAGUCUGUUCUACUAUCAAAAUGGACGUCCACCUACAAAUGACCUCAAAGAACAGUGCUUGUUUAAAACUGAUCGAGCAUUCCUUCAACAUAUGGAUGGCCUGCAGGUGCAUGCAAUCAAUAAUGCAAAAUCAAUUGGAAGUAAAACUGGGAGAAGAUACUGCACAAGUUCCGAAGUUCAGAUAUUUGGAAUCAAUGAUGGGAAAUCAAAGAGAAUGUCACACACAGAUGCAACUUGGACAUGCAACUUGGACAACUGAAACAACAAAGACAUCAAGGAACGCAUUUGUUGAAUAUUGGAUUAAUGGCAACAUGUUGACAAUGGAUAUAGCUACGGUAAUAUUCAAAAUAUUAAAGCAACCACAGCUGAAUUACAUUACUCAGGAUGAUUUUAAGCCUGUGCUACGUGAGCUUUUAGCAACUCAUCCAGGGCUGGAGUUCCUGCAGAGCACGCCUGAAUUUCAAGAGCGAUAUGCUGAAACUGUAAUAUACAGAAUCUUUUACUACAUCAAUAGAGCUGGAAAUGGUUGUCUCACUUUGAGGGAACUGAAGCGUGGAAACAUAAUUGAUGCAAUGAUGCAUGCUGAUGAAGAAGAAGAUAUCAAUAAGGUUUUGAGGUACUUCUCUUAUGAGCAUUUUUAUGUUAUAUACUGCAAGUUUUGGGAGCUGGAUACAGACCAUGAUUUCCUGAUAGACAAAGAGAAUCUUAUCAGAUAUGGUAACCAUGCGCUUACCUACCGAAUUGUUGAUAGAAUAUUUUGUCAGGUCCCAAGAAAGUUUACCAGUAAAGCUGGGGGAAAGAUGGGAUAUGAAGAUUUUGUUUAUUUCAUACUGGCAGAAGAGGAUAAACCAUCUGAACCAAGUCUUGAGUAUUGGUUCAAGUGCAUAGAUUUGGAUGGAAAUGGAGUUCUGACAAGAAAUGAACUGCAAUUUUUUUAUGAGGAGCAAUUGCAUCGGAUGGAGUGCAUGGCCCAAGAGCCUGUGCUUUUUGAGGACAUAUUAUGUCAGAUAAUUGACAUGAUUAAACCUAAGGAGGAUAGUUUUGUAACUCUGCGUGAUCUGAAAGGUGGUAAACUUUCUGGAAGUGUUUUCAACAUCCUGUUCAAUCUCAACAAGUUCAUGGCCUUUGAAACUCGUGACCCAUUUUUGAUCCGUCAGGAACGUGAGAAUCCAACAUUGACAGAGUGGGACCGAUUUGCUCAUAGAGAAUACAUCAGGCUUUCAAUGGAAGAAGACGUAGAAGAUGUCUCCAACGGAAGUGCAGAAGUCUGGGAUGAAUCACUGGAGGCUCCUUUCUAAAGAUAUUUUAGGUAAGUGUUUUCAAAAUAAUACUUUCUUUUGACUUCUGACCAUGCUACAUGCUUAGAAGUUUGAUUUAUGUUGCUUGAAAAUGAAAUCAGGAACAUGAGGUCUUCGUUCAGUUCAGUGUCUAUUCCCUCUUCUCUCUUUUUUUUAAAUUCUGAAUUUCUCUUAUUUUGGGCAUUGUAUAUAUAUGUAUGUGUGUGUCUGUGUGUGUGUAUUAGCACAGGGAUGAACAGAAAUUAAUGCCCCAUAACUGAUAGACUUGCCAUUAUUCAGAGACACUGGGCUCCGGAUCAGCUUUUAAGUGGGGACUGUGCCAAUUUUGCUUCAACUAGUGGGAAAUUCCGAAGCUAAGAAAAUGUGAUUUUGGUGGGCAAGUUCCAACAAUAUUCUGAUAUGCUGGUAGUGAUAAAACUUUGGGCCAUUAUCAUGGAAGUUUUGUUGCCUUCUGUCGCUAUCCGUGCAAAAUGAGGAUGUUUUCUGAGAAGGUUGAAUCUUAUUAACAUCAGUGAGUAUGUUAUUUGGGGGACCCAAGUUGUUAAGGAACAUAAGUAGCAAUAUUUUCUCACCUUUGGAACUUUUAGUAGUUUGCUUCAGUGAUCGACCCCCUUUUUCCCCAGAUCUGUUGAAGAGUGCAUUUGUCUCAUCAUCUCUGGUUGCCGUCUUUCACUGAAUAUUUUUGUUAGGCGUCGAUUUAACGAGUAAUGCUAGACAAAUAAAAAUGUCACAUUUUUUCUUUUUCUGGAUGAUAAGAUUUAUCUUUCAAGAUGUAUGCAGGAUUAUAUUGAUUCUUCCGUAUACAUAUUAGUUGACUGUUUUUUUC